AUGCUUCAACUUUGUCAAAAGGUUAAGAUUUUUGCUAAUUUUGCCACAGAAAUAAUCAAUGUGGUCAUGCAAAUUCUUGCUCUUAGAUGCUUUAAGUGCAAAUCCGACAUUUCAUGGAUGGAUUGCGAUCUCGAUAAGGACAAAUCAAUGGAAGAAUGCCCAGUGGAGAAAAUCCGAUGUUCGUCUACGAUGGUGAGGCCGAAUCCAAGAGACAAAUUAGACUAUAAGAAAGACUGUGCUGACCGUCUUCACAAUCCGUGCCAUGAAAAACGCGUUGAGGAUUGUAGAUCCACCUUAUGUGAUAGUGACCUGUGUAACUUUGCUCUCACCCCAUCAGCCACCCUCAUUGCUUCUGGCUUCCGCUGCUUCCGUUGUAACAGCACGAAAUCUUGGAACGACUGCGUUGACAAAGCUGAAGAGAUCUUCUGCAACACAGGCUACAGAAAGUGUUUCAAAUGGGAGUUUAAGCGGGAGGACGGCGUCACUGAAUAUUUAAAAGGCUGCACUGUCCCCCAAACCAACUUGUCCGUCAGUAACACGCUUGAAGAGGAUCGUCGUGAUAUGCACUUGUGUGGUCAACAUCUUUGCAACGAAGCGAUUAUGAUGGGCCCUCCGAUGGUAACAUUUGGUCCUCUUUUCCUUGUCAUUGUGGUAUUCCUUUUUGAUUCCAAAAGUAUUUGUUAGAAAAUCCAAACCGGUUUUUACCAGGAUCUUCUUAAACUCCCAAGUAGGACGAAGACAUCUAGAAGUUUUAUUCUCAUUAACUAAGGUGAAAGGGGAGGAUCUGAGCCAAGAGUAGAAAGUUCCCUGACAAAAAUUAACCUCGCUCACAUUCAUGGUUAUGAGGCGUUGUUAAAUGUGUAAUAAUAUACGUUAAAAAAUUACG